CGAAAUGUCAUCGCUAAGUGCUCGGCUGUUCACUCGCGCAACACACGUAGCUCCCAAAAAAAAUAAUUGUAUUUCUUGUGCAAUUUUUGCUUAAAACACGUCAAAAUAAUUACAAUUUGUGUGCCAAAGCAAAAAGUGCGGUUGAACAAGAAGCAAACGUGCUUUAACGCGUAAACAAGCAAAUGAGAAACGAAAACAAGUGUCAUUCCGAUGGCUACCUCACCCUUCCCAGUUUGUAUAAGAAAUAAACAAAAUCCAAUUGGAAAAUAGUGGUUCCACUCACACAAUAAAUGCAACACAUUUGUGCGGGCGCAAAGUGUGUGCGUAAAUGUGAAACAAAACGAAUAACACAAGAAAGCAUAGAAAGUUAAACGUGAAAACAACUAUUGCGCAUUCCACGGAAGCAGUUCAGUGGCAAUAGGCAACAACAACAGCAACCAGCCAGAACCAGCAACUCGAAAGAAUAUUAAAAAGUAGCGCUGUGUAUAGGGCAUCUACUUGUUGAGCACUCAGGUUAAAUUGCUUUAUUGUGGGCGUAUGUUAGUGUUGUAAUAAUUUAUGGAUUUAGUUUGCAAUCGUUCUGCGCAGCACAAUUGACACAGAUGGCAACGCCACCGCGAGCUUUGGAUACCAUCUCGCUGUGCUCCACCGUAUCCAGUUGCCCCGAUCGCAAUGGUUUCUAUGGCGGCUUUCAGCGCAGUGACAAACCCAAAGAGCCUUUGUCCAAGGCACAAAUCAUAGCGCGUGAAAAGAAAUGGCUCUACAUGAUUGACAACUGGUCCAUUUAUAUGUCCAAGAACUACAAAAAGAUACGUGACAGAUGUCGUAAAGGCAUACCUAAAUCGGUGCGCCCAAAAGCUUGGUUCUAUCUAUCCGGCGCUUAUUUGCUUAAGAAAAAGAAUCCCGAUGUCUAUGAGGAGCUGCUGAAGAAGCCCGGCAAUCCAUCGACCAUAGAGGAGAUUAGAAAAGAUAAACAUCGUCAGUUCCCAUUUCACGAAAUGUUUCUCGACGAGGAGAAGGUGGGCCAAAUCGAGCUAUUCAAUGUGCUCAAAGCCUAUUCGAUAUAUAAUCCCAAGGUUGGCUUCUGUCAAGCGCAAGCGCCAAUAGCCGCAUUUCUAUUGAUGCAUUUGCCUGCAGAGGAUGCCUUCUGGGUAUUCGUGAGCGUAUGUGAUGUCUACUUGCAGGACUAUUUUAUACCUGGUCUCGAGGUGAUACAAAAUGAUGCAGGCAUCCUGGAGGGACUGCUUAAGAAAACCUGCCCACCCGUCUAUCGUCACCUGCAGAAGCACAAAGUGGAGCCGCUGCUCUAUAUGACGGACUGGUUUCUGUGCGCCAUGACACGCACUCUGCCCUGGGAGACGUUGCUGCGAGUCUGGGAUUGCUUUCUUGCCGAGGGCAUCCGAGUAAUGUUUAAGGUGGCCUUGGUUAUCAUUGGUGCCUCACUCAGCCGACACAAGGUGCGCAAAACGUGCACUGGUCUGUGCGAAACACUAGAGGUGCUACGCUCCCCGCCCGAGCAUAUCAUGGAGGAGGAGUUCAUCAUCAACAAUAUGAUGCGGCUCAACUUGCGUGUGGAAGACUUCCAAAUCGAGCAUACCCGUCAAAAGGCGCGUCGCGCCAAACAAAAGGCACAACAGGAUGGGUUAGCUUCUGGAGGAGGCGCCAGCAGCAGCAGCAGAAGGAAUAUGCCCACGCUGUGAGGCUGCAAACAUAAAAAUAAUAAAAACAGAACCAUUUACUAUUACUUCUACAACAAAGAGAAACCAAUUGUUACUAAACACACACACACACACUCAAUGCAUGAGUUUUGUAUCAAUUCUUAGGCAAAGUCGAAUAGUGAGACAGGCGUGCACAAAAGAGAAAGGAACUGACAAAUUGCAAGCUUCGAAACGAUAAUGGGGUAAACCACAAAGGAAAACUGUUUAAAGAACAGUCAAUUAGAUAACGUUCAUUCCAUGCGCAAACGAAAAGUAUUUGGCAAAAGAAACAAACAAAAA